UAGAUUCAGAUCUCUACAGAAAACUACAAAAAUUAUAUAAAGUAAUUUUUUUUAUUUUGUUUUCUAAAUUUUUUCUGUGAAAAAUAUUUUCGGUUUAUAAUUUGAAUUUUGAAAUAUCAAAAAAAAAAUUCGUUUUAAAUUUUCGAAAUGAAUUUUUGUUCGGUUCCCUAUGAAGCUGAUUUUGGCAUGAAUGCAGAAGCCAAUAAGAUGAUGAACAUGUCCGCGCAAAUGGGCAUGCAACAAAAUGUUGGCCAGGGUCAAGGCCAAGGCGCUGGUGGCAUGCCCAUGUCCAUGGCGCCACUGAACCAGCCCCAGAUGAGCCUGCCCCCAAUGCAGAUGCCGCCGAUGUCCACGGGUCAGAUGUCCUAUCCGAUGCAGGGUGGCGGCAUGCAGCCCCUGCCCUUGGGUAUGAUGCCGACUGGCAAUGCCAUGACGCCACUGGGCACCAUGUCCUCGCAUCUGCCCAUUGGGGCAGUGACGCCGCUGAACAGCAUGACCAUGGUGCCGAUGAUGGGCAACUCGAUGGGCAGUAUCGAUGCACCGGGCGUGAACGCGGUCCUAUCGGAUCUUCAGCCCAUGUCGAACAUGCAGCAGAUGUCCUCCAUGCCCCAGAUGGGUGGCAUGCCCCAGAUGGCUGCCAUGCCUCAGAUGUCGCAAAUACCUCAGAUGUCACAAAUGUCGCAGUUGCCGGCGAUGCAGCAGUUCACCCAAAUGCCGCAAAUGCAACACCAGGGACGUCUUACCGGCGGCGGCGUCGCCUCCAAUUGCAGUCACAGCCCUGGAAAUUGGAGCUGCAGCCAUGGCAACAGCCAGCCAAUGAUGAGCAAUAAUAUGUGGCAGUACGGAGGUAGUCCCUCCCAACAACACCAGCAGCAGUCGCAGCAGCAGCAACAGCAGCAGCAGCAGGCCCAACAGAAUCAGCAGCGCAUGAAAUCUCACUACGAAAUGAUGAGCAACAACUACCGGGAUGUGCGCAAUGGCCUAAACUCGCCUUCCAUGUUUGCACUUCGUGACACCAAGGGCAACAAUUCAUUUAAUUCAAGUAAAUCACUUAACAAGGUCUGGCGUUGAUGAUACAUUGUUAACCAAUUGAUAACCAAUCAUUCACUUGAGUCGUUUUGUUACAUUUCGAAUGAUUGGGAUCGUCUGUAUCAUAGAUGCAUCCUGUCUUGUACAGUCCCCUCCGCAAGCAUGAACAACAACAACAACAACUAAACCAACACUCACACAGAUACAAAAGAACAACAACAAAUAACAACAUACACAAUGGUCCAGCGCACACACACGCGCAUGUACAAUGAGAAUAAAUGGUUUAUAUGUCUUGAUCAAAGCAAGAUUCAUCAUCGAAA